AUGAUAAAUCAAUAGUUGUUGCAAACUACAAAGUGGGUACAGGAUAGGGAUGCGAAAGCGUGUAAGAAAUGCUAAAAUCCGUUUAAGGCCAUAUUCCGAAGAAAACAUCAUUGCAGAAAUUGUGGGUAGUUGUUUUGUGAUAGUUGUUCAAAUUACUUUAUGGAUAAAACUAACUUCAAGAACUAUCAGGAGAUCAAAAAAAAUAAAGUGCGAUUGUGUUAGGAUUGCUACAUUGACAUCAAUAGAAAGUUGAGAGCAAGUGGAGAAGUGGUUGAAGAUAAGAAUUCCCUCACCGUUCUUAAUUCCUAAUAAUUGAGAAGACAUUCCAAAUCAUUUAAUGUGACAGACGAGAAAUUGCCAGAAUCUGCAAAACAAGUAUAUAUUGUGUUUCGAUUUAUCAAGACCUCCCCUCCUCCCCCUUUGCAGUUAGUACCUCAGAUUGCAAUUGACCCACAGCCACGCUCACAGAAUUGCAAACUUCAAAUUCCCGAUACAAUAACUAUGGGUGAUGACAUCGAACAAAAGUAAAAGAAAUUUGAAGAGAGGAUGAUUUCCAAAGUAGAAGAAUUCGUGGAAAGAAGAACUUUGGCCUAUGGAAUCAAAGAAAAGUGGCAAGGAAUGAUGCUCCAAUUUAUACUUAAUGCGAUUGAAUACUUAAAAUAAGCAGAAAUUUUACCCUUAAAAAAUAAAAUACUAUUGAUUAGAAUCAAAAUAAUCCCCUUUAUUCAUUAUGCGUCUACUCGAUAUUUACGAGGAGUCACCAUCACCAAGAAUAUCGCUCAUAAACGUAUGAAAACUCAUCACAAAUCCCCUUCUUUUUUGUUACUAACUGGGUCGCUUGAUUUGGACAUUCAAAAUUUCGAUAAUGUAGUUAAGAAUCAUAAUAAAUAUCUACAACAAGCUUUGGAGUAAAUAGACAUGCUUAACCCAAAUAUCAUUUUGAUUGAGAAGGGCAUCAACAACAUUUUGUUAAAUGAAUUCUUGAAAAGGGAUAUCACUGUAUCUAUUCAAUGUAGUACAAAACAACUCUAAAAAGUUGAAGUCGCAGUUAAAGCCAGAAUCUAGAGGGCUGCAGAUGUGUUCAAUAAGUGUUGUGAUAAGGAUUGCUUGGGCAAGUCCGACACAGCAUUCUAUGAAAGUUGUGAUCCAGACUCUAUUAAACAAAACUAAACCCUAUAUAGCAGAUUGGAUGAAAAAGACAAGGCUUUACUCGAAGCACAUCUUGGAAAGAAAAACAAAGACAAAACAUUGUUAUUCAUUCAUACACCUUAAUAUGCAACCUCUUUUUAAAUUACGUUAAGUGGACCCAAGAUAACUGAAUUGAUUGAUGUGAAAAAAUGUUUUCAAGAACUUUGCUGCAUUUGCUAUUCGAUGUCUUUGGAAUUAUCAAUGAUUUUGUUGGAUUAAAAAUUAAAAUAAGACUUGGAAUAAAAUUACAAGUAGAUUGAUAAUCAAAAGUCUCCCAUGAUGAAUUCUGGAGAAAUAUCAGAUUUUUCAAUCUAAUCUAUGACAGAACAUGAAAAUUAAGGAUUUAAGGUUUGCAAAGUAAGGUUUCAUCCAGCUGUCAUCAGCACCAUCCAUGACAUUCAAAAACGAAAUAAUGACCAGAGUUUGGAAAACUACAUUAGGUAGAAUAUUAAAAAUAUUAAUAAUAAGAAAAUUUCAUAUUUUAGUUAAUUUUGUAACUUUACUAAAGAAGUUGUCAAAUUUUACGAAAAUGAAGAUUUCGGUUUGGGUCAUUAUAUCAGUAGCAAGGCUAUAGAUACGACUACCAAAUAUUGUUCAAUUAAAUAAAUACAUCAUGUUUCAAUCAGAUAUGGGCCAGGAGCAUUCGUUAGAUGUGUGGUAGAAAGGAAAAAACAAUAAAACUUGUAGGUUAAGGCUAGUGUCAAUUUAUCCAAAGAAAUCAUUAAGAAGGAAUAAAGUUUCCUAUAAAUGCAAUAUGAUGAAACCUCAACUUAAUGCGAAGCCGUCUAAGGAGACUUGGAUUAUAAAGUUCAUCAAUAGUUGAAUACGAACAUUAUUACUUACAUCAAAUGUCUUAAUGCUAAUUGUGAUAGAUAGUUAACUAAAUCUUUUAAAUUGGAAAGAAGUCACUUAGAAUUCUCAUUCUAAAAACUAAUACAAUAUCUCAUCAUGAGUGCUCUAAAAUGGAAGAAAUUAAAUAAGACAAACUGGCUUGUGUUUGAGGGAGAACUUAAUGAAUAAGGAGAUCAAUUUGAUGGUUGCAAUCACAAUUAAACUGAAAGGGUGUUUGAAUGUAAUGAUUUCUAAGUCAAAUUGUUUACUAAUUUAUUUGAUAUUUAUAGGAUCAAGCAUUUUCAGUUCAAUUGUUAAGAAGUUAAAUAACAUAUUGAAAAAUGUGAUUAAGAAGAAAUAGAUAAAAGAAGGGAUACUUUAAUCUCUCAUUUACAAAAAUUAUAAUAGCAAAUAUUAAAGAACGAUAAAAGUGUAAGGAGUAGUUAUAUGACAAAUUCCACUUUGAGUUUUGAUAAAGAUCCUAAUCCAUUCAUUCAAGCCCCUGAAAAUUCUAUAACUUUGAUUGGGAAUUUUAUGGAAAAAUUGACAUAAUCACCCUUUCCAGAUUUCCUUGCAUUGGAGCAAGAGAGCAUGUAACUCUACUCGCGUAUCUAUUCAAUAGAAAUAACUGACCAAUUAAGGAUUUCCAGAAUUAAAAAUGAUAACAUAAUUUCAAAAUAAAAAACAUCCUAAUUCUCAUUUGUAACAAAUGAAAGUGGACCCGUAAUUAAGAAUCUAUCUAAAAAAAUCUUAAAAGAAACUACAACUACUUUGUCAUCUAUUAAUGAGAAUUCCUUUCCAAUUUAGCUAUUGCCUACCUAAUAAUAUACACAGUCACCUGAAUCUCCUAGCUAAGAGAACUUCAAUUAAUUUGAAGAUUAAUCGGAAAUAGGAUUUGACAAACAAUACGAUAAUGAUUAAAAUUAGUAAAAUUCUAUCAAAUCAUUUUUGUUAAACUGGCCUAAACCAGCUAUCAAUUUUGAUUAAAGUAAUAUGCAAAUAAAAUCUUUUUUUGAUUACAUUCCAAUUUAUAAUCAAAAUGAUAUCGGAUUAGUUGCAUCAGCUCUGAAUCAUCCAAAAUACUAUGAUUUAUAUGAAAAUAAGUAUAGAUUCACUGAAUUUUGGGAAAAGAUACAAGAUUAAUCUCUCUAAAAGGAAGUUGAAAUUGAGGCUGCUAAAAUCCUAAAGGAUUAGUUAAAAAAUGCAGUUAUCGAAGAAUUCCAAAUUAAAUUAUCUAAAUUUACUGCACUGAUGAAGAAAACCAGCUUAAAUAAUUUAUAGGAAGUGGAUGAAGAUGAAUAAGCUGUAAUUUAAAAUACAGCAGAAUCUCCUAGAAGACCGUCUAAGUCUGUUACAAUCCAAUUAUAUUAUCCAAAAUAAUUUGAAUGCUUUAGAAUGUUAAAUGGAAUUAAUAUCAAACAGUUUAUAAAGUCAAUUGCAAGUUGUUCUAAUUGGAAUUCUGCAGGAGGAAAGAGUGGUUCGACUUUCUAUAAAUCAGCUGAUAAUUUAUUUAUCUUCAAAGCAGUUAAGGAAUCUGAAUUUAGCAUGUUUGAAUCCUUUGCUCCAAAAUACUUUGAGCAUCUUUAUUCUAACAUCUUUAAUCAAAGGCCUUCAGUGUUAAAUAAAAUCUAUGGAAUGUUCACUAUUAAGAAUUCAAGAGGAACGUCCUACCUUAUUGCAAUGGAAAAUCUAUUUUGGGGUAUGGAGGGCGAAUUGACUGUUUACGAUCUCAAAGGUAGUAAGGCUAAAAGAUGGAAUCGUAAAAAUCUGAAAACUCUCCUCGAUACCAAUUACAUUAUAGAUCGAAAUGGUGAACCGUUGCCUAUUUAGGAACAAGAUUUCAACUUCUUAGAAAUAGCACUAGAAGCCGAUUCUGAGUUUUUACUUGAAGUUGAAGUUGUUGAUUACUCGUUGUUGUUAAUAAUAGAUAAUUAAAAUCAUUAGAUUAAAUUGUCAAUCAUAGAUUAUUUGUAAUGCUAUGAUUUUAUGAAAAAAAUGGAAACUAAAUUAAAAACUGCUAUUAAUUUCGGAGCUGCUCCAACCAUUAUCAAACCAGCAGUAUACAAGGAAAGAUUUAUUGACGCAAUGAAAAAAUACUUUAUGGGAAUAUACUCAACACUAUGA